AUGUCCCUCGAGAACAUCUUGCUGCCUCCAGCAUCGCCCGCCCAGUCUUUCUCGUCGUUCGAUGUGUCCCCUGACGAUGAUCCUGCUACGAACAAUCGAUUAGGACACAUUACUUCAAACGGCGAACUAUCGGGUGGUCAGAUUCGUACCGCGCUUUCUGACAUCGUUUCUAGCUUGAUUUCUACUUCUCUUUUCCGCGAGGCUGACCCAUUCGAUCCAGAUGGCGAUCUUAACGCCAUCUCCUUUCUGGAUGGUCAGUAUUAUCAGCUACCGACGCAUAUAGCGACACCAGCUUAUUUCUUUGCAGCCUACCAGCCCGAGCUUUCAUGUUUUCCCUCUUCCUUCAUGGAUUUUGACGGACCGCUUCCAGACCUUGUUUAUCCGCAGGAAGACCAAUUAUUAGCAGAGCCAUCUCCAAAUGUCUCCUUGAGCGGAUGGAUACCUCCUACUGGCGAAGACUGGCAAGAG